AUGGCAGAUUCCGAAUCCAGGUUCCGCGUUGUGAUUGUGGGCGGUUCAAUCGCCGGGCUUACACUCGCUCACUGUCUGCUUCGAAACAACAUAGACUUUGUUGUGCUGGAGUCCCAUGCGGAUAUUGCACCCCAGGUUGGUGCAUCUAUUGGUAUUCUCCCAAACGGUGCUCGCAUCCUGGACCAACUAGGCCUUUACGACGACGUUCUCAGUCAAGUUGAGCCUCUCACUAGUAAUUUCACAUGGACCGAUGACGCCAAGCCCAUCACCGACACAGUUGCUCCCCUAAUUAUAUAUGAAAGACACGGUUAUCCGGUUGCAUUCCUUGAUCGCCAAGUUCUGCUCAGCAUUCUGUACGAGGGCCUCGGAGACAAAAGACAUCGUGUUAUGGUGAACAAGAAGGUGACUGAGAUAGAGCAUACCCCUGAAAAGGUUAUGGUCCGUUGUGCGGAUCAAUCCGUCCAUGAGGGUGAUCUUGUUGUUGGAGCCGAUGGGGUACGGAGCACAGUGAGACGACAGAUGUGGCAGUAUGUGGAGUCUCGAGGGAUGGAACAUGAAGCCCUGAAGGAGAAGAACUUGAUGACAUCCGAGUACAACUGUGUAUUCGGUAUAUCCUCAGCCACCCCUGGACUGAGACCGGGACACGGACAUAGAACCUUCGCGGAGGGCUAUUCCAUACUCACGAUCAUCGGCAAAGAAGGGCGCGUUUAUUGGUUUUUCUUCACUAGAAUGGACCGAACUUACCCCGCAUCUCAAAUUCCAAGAUUCAGUCAAGAUGAGAUCGAUAGCCAUCUUGGCCCCUAUCUACAGAAGCCAAUAACUCCCAACGUACCGCUUGCUGAAAUCAACAAAAGAGCAAUUGUCAGAACUUUUGUACCCCUUGAAGAGGCUGUCUAUAAGCAUUGGUGUGUCGAUCGAUAUGUUUGCAUUGGUGACUCAGCCCAUAAGAUGACACCAAAUCUGGGACAGGGGGGCAACAGUGCAAUUGAGAGCGCUGCAUCGCUUGCAAACAGCCUCUCUAGAUUAUUGAAGGGCCCUACAAAACCUAGGACAGAUGUCCGGGAUAUCCACCAGUGCCUGCAAGCAUGGCAGAACAUCCGCCAGAAACGGCUUGAACAUAUUUCGCAGUCAGCUUAUGACUUGACCAGAAUAGAGGCUCUAGCUGGUCUCAAAGAAAAGAUCAUUGGGCUUUAUCUUCUUCCAUAUCUUAGUCAAUACUUGGUCGAUAAAACGUCCGCUACAAUUGUUGGAGCAGCAAAGAUCGACGGUCUACCUCUGCCACCAAAGUCGCUAGCAUGCACCAUGCCGUAUCUGGAUGAUGACAACAGUGUCUUCAAACGGGAUAAUGUGUUAUGGAAGCGUGCUCUUUCAAUCGUUCCUCUUGUUGCCUGUUAUGCUGCUGCGCAAAAGACAAUGGGGGCGUUGAUAACUCAGACUGAGCCAUUCAUGGUGUCUCUAUUUGUAGAGGGCAUAUGGUCUGCAGAGAAUGGGGAGGCACUCAGCCUAGCCAGACCACUCUAUAAUAUCCCAUUCCUGGACAAACUCUUUCGGCCUGCAAUUACGUGUUUCUUGCCUUCUAUCAGUGGAUCUGAUCCGCAAUCCCGGACUCAAAUGCUAUCAUUUAUGGCCGACAUUGGCCCCAUUUAUGGAAUAUGGCUGUUGGAAAGUUAUCGCAAGGCACAUUCCUGGUAUGAGCUCAUACUCCCGAUAGCCGCGGGAAUCGCGUCCCAAUUGAAGGGCAUUGGAAAAUUUGCUCCAAUCUACUACGCAUUGGAACAUUUCCGCUCGCCCCUUUCAAGCCUUCUACCGGGGGCAAAGCAUCAGAUAACGCAGGAGGCCUCGAGCUCUUUGCUGAUCGCCAUGACAUACAUGGCUUCCUUUUGCAAUUGA